AUGAAUUCAUAUCAAUGUUAUGAUGAAUUUCGAUACAAUGAUGAUACUAUCAAAGAAUGUUUUAACGAUUUGCAAUCAACAUUAGAAGACGCCGACAUUUGUCAGCAAUCGGUCAAUAAUUUAUAUUGUACAACAAGAUCAUCUUUUCGUGAUAGAAAUAUUCCAAUACCAUCAUCAUCAUAUUGGUCACCAACAUCUGAAAAAGUAAAUACAUCAAAACAUUUUCUUGAUUCACAAUCUGAACAAGAAAGUGAUUUUGAAUUUAUUCUUCAUCCAUCUAUUAAUAAUUCUCAUCACAAAAGUGUUCGUAUCAACGAAACAACCAUACCAAUGCCUUCUACAUACAGUACAACUCGUCCAUAUCAAUCUCGUGGACGUAGUGUACAUUGGGAAGAUGAAAUUGUUCAUCCAUUUAAAGAUGAAAAUUAUUAUAAUCAAUCUGAUUCAACAAAUAUAAAAAAAUCUACUCCACGUAUAUCACUUAAUACUAGUUUACCAUAUCAUUCUAAACUUAAUAUUCGUGUUCAAGUUAAUCGAAUAAAUUGUGAUGAUUCUAAUGAACAUAAUCACAUUAAAGCAAAAGCUACAGUUGAAAGAUUAGAUCCUCAAUAUGAUUAUAAACAUUUUGAAGCAUUACAACAAGCCUAUUGUCAACAUUAUUUAAUACCAUCACCAAAUGAACGUAUAAUAACAGAUACAAGAAUAAAUGUACCAAUACAAUAUGAUAUAUUACCAGGACAUCGUCAAAUUUCAAUACCUAUUUCAUUACCUAUUGAUGAACGACUUUUUUUAUAUAUUCAUAACGGUGAAGUUUUUGCUAGAUGUUAG